AUGAAGGUGGUUCGCGCGAAGGUGCCGCUCGCCAACAUGUUCCAGUACGUCUCCUCGCUGCGCUCGCUCACCAAGGGCCGCGCCUCCUAUUCGAUGGAGCUCGACUCGUACGAGGUGGUUCCGCCCAACGUGGAGAAGGAGCUCCUCGCCAAGUACAAGGGCAACACUGCGUCAGCAAACCAUGUCCUCGGGACGCUCGGGGCGAGGGACUCUGGCCUCCCCCUCUCGACGUUCGUAUGUGAUCUCUACGUGUGUCGGGUCAACACAAAUAACUUUGAGCGAGUUGUGCGCUGA